AUGGCCGUCACCGAAGUUGCACUCUUGCGCAUCCUACCUGGAGGUACCGCUGAAGACCCCAAGCUGCGAUUUAACCUUGCAUACGCAAAGGAUGUCAUGCAAAGGUACACCAACAACACCUUCUACUACUUCCAACAGAUAGAGGAUCCAUCCUACAUCUACAUCAUCGGAGAGUGGGAGUCUCUUGAUCAACACAUGAACCACUUCAUACCGAGCGCAGGCAAUCAAGCCUUGCUGGAGCGCCUCAAGGACCAAUUGACUGUCGAAUGGUUGCUGCACGCAGACGUGUCGCAUGCAGGUCUGCUUCUUCCCAAGACGGAAGCGGAGAUGACCAACGCUCGUGAAGGAAAGUUGGCGAUGAGUGUGGGACGACUCUUUGUCAAGGACGGCCAGAGGGAGAAUUUUCAAAAUACUUUCGACGCAAACAGGGCCAAGCUGCAAGACUACGUUACAGAGGGUACGAUAGGAGGAGGCUGGCGCGUGGACAAGGAGGACGAUAAGGCAGAGUGGUUUUUGAUGUGCCCUUGGACCAGCGUGGAGCAGCAUCUCGACUUUGCCAAAACCGAGGGUUUCCAGAAAUACACGCAGGACAAGGAACAUCUGGAAAGUGCCGAUGUUAAGCAUGCUAAGCUUCUCGACAUUUGA